CCAGAGUCCUGCUCCCCGCGUGCGUGGACACUUCGCUUAGUCAGAGAAAGACCUCAACGACGGGGCCAUGGGAGCCCCCGCGUGUUCUCCAGCUAGGGAUUCAGUGUCCUCUUUGAACCUAUUCCAAAUUGGGGGGUCUCCCUUACACGGACUUUGGCCCACUGAAGGAAUCCCUCUUUAAAGACUGUCUUGAAGCCUGAGAAGGUCAGAUGCAGAUCUUAUGGGACAUCAGGGACCAGAGGAUGCAAGUUUUAAAAAUUCUUGAAAAAUACGUAAGAACAGAGAGCGAUUAUGAUGUCAGCUGGUUUGCCUGACCUUCAGCAUUCCAACAGGACUUAAAUAUGAAUUUGGACUCCAUUCAUCGACUAAUUGAGGAAACACAAAUCUUUCAGAUGCAACAGUCCCUGAUUAAAUCACGCAGUUGCACAGUAGCCCCCGGCUCCUCCCCGAAAGACACUUGUAACACUUGCUUGCCCCUCCACGAGCCGCAGUCUCAUGCCACCCACAAUGUCUGUGCUCGUUCGCUUCACACCAAUGAGUGGGACAUUUGUGAGGAACUUCGCCUCCGAGAGCUUGAGGAAGUCAAGGCCAGAGCUGCCCAGAUGGAGAAGACCAUGAGGUGGUGGUCAGAUUGCACGGCCAACUGGAGAGAGAAAUGGAGUAAAGUUCGAGCCGAAAGGAACAGUGCCAGGGAAGAAAGUCGACAGCUCAGAAUAAAAUUAGAGAUGGCGAUGAAAGAACUGAAUGAACAGAGAAAGAAACAGAGUCCACUACUUCAAAAGGACCCCUCAGCCGCCGAUGUUACGCGUGACUUGAAGCCCCUUGGUUUGGUAGGAUUGUCCAGUGAGCAUGGCGAUGAACUGCCAGCCGGUUCACAAGCAUGGGAGCAUACGGCAGAGUGUUUGGUGAGAAGACAGUGUUCUGUUGGGGAGAGCGGGAAUAAUAAGGAAAAUGUCGUUAUCGAUCCAUUAAGAUUAAAUGAGGAAAUGAAAUCCAAUCUAGAUAGUCCUGACUUAUUUAAGAAAUGUGGUUCUGGAAAUUGUGCAGUGAAACCUGAGCUAAGACUACAAGCAAUAAAUCUGCCUUUGGAGAAGGAAGUAACUGACAUGUCAACUUUGCAGGUGCAUUUGGACGACUUCCAGAAAAUCCUGUGGAAAGAAAGAAAAAUGCGUGCAGCUUUGGAAAAACAAGUGGCGCAACUUGAAUCAGAACUGUCGUUGUGGAAAUGGAAGUAUGAAGAGCUGAACGAAUCGGAGCCCCCAAAUGUGCCAGAGGUAGAGAGAUUGCAGGCUGAAAAUACUUUGGAGUGGGACAAGCGAGAAAAAAUUGAAAUGGAAAAACAAGGACCGGAGAGAGAAAAUAGAAGGCUAAAGGUCCAGGUGAAAGAAAUGGAAGAGCCCCUGGUUGGGAAAUGCGGAGCGAGUUCCAAUUCUCAAGACCCUGAGUUCAACACUCCACAAAUUGAACCGCAAGAAAAAGGCAAGGAACUGUUGGCCCUUCAACAUGGCUACUACAAGCCGAGCAGACAAUACGAUGCAAAAAUGGCAGAGCUGACGCAUGCCAGCAAUCUGCUGGCUGAACACGAGGCGGAGGUGAAGACAUUGAGAUUUCAAGUGGAAGAGUUGAAACAGAAGCUCCACCAAAAAGAAGAUGAGCUUGGCGAUUCCCUGAAUCAGAUCCAUAAACUCCAGAAAUCUCUGGAUGAACAGAAAGAAACAAAUGGAAACCUAGAGGUUGAAAUCAAGCAUUUACAAAACCGGUGGAGGAAGUUGGAAGUGGAAGAACAAUGUGCCCUGAAGUGACUGACAGUCCUGCAGGUAUCUCAUUGACCGGAUUUUUGCCAGAAAGCCACAUGUUACAGCGAGUGAGUCUGGAAAUUCUCCUUGUGCAUUACAGGUGAAAUGUAUACAACUGAAGCUGGAAAUAUUGUUACUGAAGAAGAAAAUGAAAAUGGACAUUGAGAAUCAGUAUCUGUUUCUGGGAAAAUCAAAUGUGUUUCUUUUUAUUGUGUGGUUUA